UGUAAAACCCCUUUGUUGGUUUCCUCUUGUUCCAUCUUUGAUCUUUGACUUUCUUCAGCUUCGUAUCUUGACGAUUCAGCCUCGUAUCCCUCCCCUGGCCCCAGAAACCACCGUGUCGGCUCUGGUAUUUUUAGAGUACAGAGUCCAGUGUGUUACUCCAUCCAUACAGACAGCAUUCCCGCCAAUCUCUCCUGUCAAUACAGAAAUCCUGGCAUCAUCGCAUCCACCCCGAAGCAUAACACAACCUAAACCAACUUUACGGUAGGGCGGCCCACUCGUCUUUUUUGACCGCUUCCCCCAAUUGACUACGACCACCACACCUUCUCACCCUCUUUCCUCCACACUCCCCGGACAACAGUCUAUUUUCGGACUCUCGAGGGUCAUUCUCCAAGAUCGGAUCCGCCCCAUUUGCUUUUUAUAUACAAUCAUCGGUGCCACGGGCCCCGGGACCCUGCACGAUGUCAGCAACACCUCGCAAGCCUGGAACCCCCGGCAGUUCCAGCAAAUCAUCGACCGCAGAUCCGCCCUCAACCAACGGGUCCACAACACGAGGACAUGCACGCUCGCCCAGCGCCGCAACCAACGGCCUCAACCGCUCGCCAUCCUUAAGAGGUUCUACACCUGUCUCUGCCCGCGCCGCUGCAAGAAAACCCGGCCGAUCGAAUCUGAGCAUGUCCAACGUCCCGCGGAUCAACAACGACCCCUCCGACGAGGAGGCGCGGGCUCAAAAUGCCGCCCUCAUCGAAGACCUGCGGGCGCAGCUUCAGAAGGCUGAGACGGCCUCUGAACAAUAUCAGAAACAACUCGGUGUUUUGCAAAUGCGCCUCGACGAGGCUGUGAGCGAGCAGGGAAAGUUGGAGGACCAAGCUCAUGAGAAGGAUACUCGACUGGAGGCGUUGAAUAGCGAGCUUCGGGAUCAGGCUCGCCAGAUCCGGGAUCUCGAGCAAAACCAUGAGUUGGAGCGGAAUGCGAUGCUGCAGGAGAAGGAGCAGCAGACGAGUCGGGAGGAGGAGUUACAGGCCACUAUCCAGCGCCUGAAGGACUCGGUGGCGCAGAAGAGCAUGCCGGUCAACGCAGAGGGUGAGCGUCAAAUUUCCAGAUCCUCCAGCUUCCGCAACAGAUCUUCACCCGACGUUGAUGGCCAGUUCGCCCCAUCGUCGCAUCUUGAGCGCAGCCCCUCCCGAAACAAUUCCAACCUUCUUCUCCAAAAGGAUAAGCUGAUUGAGUCUUUGCGACUCGAGUUGGCCGAACAUCAGAUCAAAUUGGUGGAGAUGGAGAACGCAGGUGGGGGUCGGCAGCGCGAGCUUGAGAAAGAGCUUUUGGAGGCUCGAAUGGCGAAUGCUCGUCUCAUGGAAGAUAACGAGAGCUACCAACUUUUGCUCAGCGAAAAGACUCUCACAGGAGAUUUCACUAAGGGUGAUUUCAUGCAACAUGCCCAUCCCGAUAAGCAGUCUAGCGGUGGUCUAGGUUCUCUAGCAGACGAACUCGAGUCUGUGGACGAAGCGCCAGAGACCGAAGCUAGUGGCAAGCUGGAGGCCGAAAUUAAGGCUCUGAGAGAUCAGAACAAGGCUUUGACCCUUUACAUCGAGCGGAUCAUCAGCCGUGUACUGCAGCAUGAUGGCUUCGAACACGUACUUGACCGGAACGAGGACGAAGGUGGUUCCAAGGUCGCUAAGGCCGGGGAGAAGGAGUUGCCGCCUACACCUCCAGAGAAAGAUGAUGGGCCCUCCCAGUCCUUCCUCCAGCGGGCCAAGUCUACCAUCGCGGGACCUCCUCGCUCCCAACCUCGAUCGCGCCCAACCAGCAUGAUGCCUCCUCCAUCCUUGCCACACACCAGUGCCAACGAGAACCCAGAUACGGCACCCAGCAUCCCGAUCCGAACCCAGUCAGUUCGCGCUAGCCACCGUCGGACUCGCUCCGAGCAGGUCGAUCCAAACGCUGCCUCUGUCGUUGGAGCAAUGUACCGCGGUCGGAACUCCGGUGGACCGAUGAGCCCAUCUGCGAUGGGACCCGGGUCCCGCCAAAGCAUGUUCUCCGGCGCUGCCAGUUACAUUUCCAGCCGUGCGCCAUCAAUGUCCAGCCAACCUGAUCGUGGCGGACGCAGCAGCUCGCCCAGUGUGAUCAGCGAUAUUAACGGGGACACUAGCUCAACAGGGGCAACUUCGAGUCCUCCUCGCUCUAGCAGUGGCAUGAACAACUACACAGGCGCAGUGAUGACGCAAAACAAACUGCGGCCCCUGCGCCUGGUAAGCGAUGCUGCGAAGCUAGAAGAGGAAGAAGCUGCUCGCAAAAAGGCCAACCGCGCGAGCUGGAUUCCGGGUUGGUUCAACCGUCCCACCAACCCGGAUGAGCAGCCACAGACGCAGUCGCAGCCUCCAUCUUAGAUUCUUAAUUUGAUAGGUUCUAUCAAUCGAACGCCGAUCAAAGCUCUACUUUACGUGGCUCUGGAUGACUUGAUGUGAUCUCGAAACUGUCUUUACCAUGUUAUCAUACCCCUGUUCUUUGUGAUGCAAAUAAUGCCUCAUGUCUUGAAAUGUAUGACUCGGCCUCGAGUGAGGUGCUGAGUUGAUCUUCCCAAAUCUGAAUUCGAAAUGUCUUUUCUCUUCUUGUUUAAUUUUCCUUUUUGGUUGCGUAAAGGUUUUUUGUUUUCUUUCUUCAUGGUGUUACUUCCCUGGAGUAUUUUCAUGUAUUCCCUAUCUAUUUCUGACAUGUAUGCGAUUGGUACGUUGGAACUGUUCCUUAUGCUUGAUGUUUUCAGUUGUGAUAUGUAGAUAGUAUACCCUCGCCGUUUUGUUUCUGCCGAAGUGUCAUCCUCCUAUAUUACGAGUACCUGCGAUUGAAAUAAUCUCUUCCUCUUAAAAUUAUCCAAGAUUAGAAC